CCCUCGUGAGCGUGUAGCAUGUCUUGACAGUGACCGCCAGUCGCCGACGCUGCUGACUCCUCUCUCUCCCGGUCCCGUCCGCCAAACUCUUACAUAUUUAUUUCUCUUGGCUAAUUUUUGGGUGGUUGGUUUUUGACGUCCAUCAGUCUCUACCGCAAUACAUAGCAUUGACGACAAAGUGUGCAACUGGAGAGACCUAACCAUGCGGAGUACAGUAACUUUAGUGGCAGCAUCUUUCGUCGUUUUGUUCUUUGGUGACUGCACGGCGCAGUUGAAAAGCGACGCGGUUAAAGCCAAGAAUAACAGCUCAUCGAAAGGUACUACGUGCUACACACGUCUGGAGGGCGAAGAAGGUUUCCUAGAGUCGCCCGACUAUCCUUCAGACUAUCCGUCCAAUCAGGAUUGUAAUUAUGACAUUGUGCGGACGUCUCCAUCCGUCUGCGGAAUCCGUCUAUACAUCGAAGAUCUGAACAUACCGGGCAGCCUCGCCAAGGGUGGUGAUGUCUGCAUGAACGAUUACAUUUCGGUAGAGUCUUGCGUGCCGGAAGGAGGAGCCAGAUUUUGCGGCAACGACUCUGGCAUAUCUCAUCAUUACAAUUUCCAACCGGGAGCGACAGCCAUCCGGCUCUUGUUUCACUCGGAUUCGUCGGGUAGCGGCCGAGGCUUCCGCAUCAAGUACAAAAUGGUGGAGGAUUGCAGUAGUUACUUUUACGACAUCCAGCCGUCGGGCAUUCCGCCACUGGUCGGAUCGGCCACCUGUUUCACGCGCAUCUCGGAGCCUUCCGGAACCAUCAACACCCCGUACCAUCCGAAGAAUUAUCCGGAGAACCUCGACUGCGUCUAUCAAUUUGUCAGGACGAAUCCGAAUUUGUGCGGAGUGCGGAUGAAGACGAUCAAGUUCGAUUUGCAGUCGCCCAUGGACACGCCGUUUGGUGGCGCUUGCUCCGAUUUCUUCCACAUGCCUUCCUGUGGUUUUCUCUGCGGGAAAAUGGAGUUCUCCUGGUUCGCUCGCUAUCAACCUGGCGCAACAAGUCUGGAAUUCCAUUUUCAUUCGGACGAGUCUGUGGGCUUGACUGGAUUCCUCAUAUCUUUUGAGCAAGUCUACAAUUGUUGAACGCCACGGUAUUAUUAUGCGAACCAGUGAAAAAAGAGUUGGAUUGCUGGAGCUCAACAGUUUUUUUUUCUUCGCCAAUCAUCACACCUGUACAGUUUAAAUGCAAUACUCCCUUUAGAUUUUGCGCGCCACUGAAUGCUCCAUUUAAUAAGUUGCUCAUUCAUCCCUCUCAUUUCUAUUUGACCAUUAUGUGUCAGAGACUUUGUUUUCUGGUGUAUGGUGGAUCACAAAUAUACAAGGCGAAAACCAG